UCCAUCCACAAAGCAUGUUCACAGCUGACCAGCAGAGAGGCACCACGUGAAGAAGCAGAUGAAAGGGUGCAUUCAUCUUGGCUCGGCGGCAUCGCAAUACACCGAGAAACCUCAUGUGACACACGAGCCGAGUAGCUGCUGAUGGUGAUCAUGUUGAUGGAGGAGCUGCCUUCUGUCACUCUUGAUGCGAACUAGAGCCGCUGGUGAGGCAGGACCGGAGACACGCAGAGCUCAGCUCGCAGAGACUUCCACACAUUUCAUCAAGAUGGCUUGGAGAGGAGGGGGGACGCGGCGGUUUUAUCGACCUGUGCAUCAUUUCAACUGAGGCUGCUGCUGUUUCUGACACGAGGACUCGAAGGAAAAGACAAGGUGAUGACUUGGAUGGUGCAAUGUGAAUGACUGAAGACCAUGAAGCCUGCACACAAGCUGCUGUUUGUCUUGUGCCCCAUGCUGGUCCUGGGCUUUAUAUACUACUCCUCCGGGAAGCUGCAUCUGCACGUGUGGGGCCAGAAGCCACACAGGGAUGCAGAGGAGACAACUGUAGUCGUGACUAAAGGUGCUGAAGUGAAAAGAAUUACAGAGUUGGAAACGGACAUCACCGUGGGACGAAUAGUAGGCUCAGUGUAUGAUAAGCAGGGCUUUCUGCUGCAGCUGGACACAAAACUCCCACCGGAGUUGGCAUACAAGUAUGGCAACCUCAGCGAAGGCGUGUGCAAGCCAGGAUAUGCAGCAGCCAAGAUGACCACCAUCUAUCCUAAGUUCAUGAAACCAGCACCCAUGUUUCUCGAUCAGAACUACAGACGUCUAGCAAAAGUCAGCAAUUACUUACCUCCAUUUGGUUUCAAAACGCAAGAGAGAAUAAUAGACAGCAUCCUAACUACCACGAAAAAUUUCGGACUCGGAGACGAGCUAGACAGUCUGAGCUGCAAAAGAUGCAUCAUCGUGGGCAACGGUGGAAUCUUGUCCAACAAGUCUCUGGGCUCCCGUAUAGAUGACUACGAUGUUGUAGUGAGGUUGAAUGAAGCCCCUGUAAAGGGUUAUGGCAAAGACGUAGGGACCAAAACCACCAUUAGGAUAACCUAUCCGGAAGGAGCUAUCCAGAAGCCCGAAAACUAUGAAAAAGACUCACUUUUUGUUUUUUCUGCUUUCAAACCACUUGAUUUCAAGUGGCUCAGACAGAUGGUCUACAAGGAGAAACUGAGGGGUAUAGAGGGUUUUUGGAAGUCAGUGGCUCACUAUGUGCCACGGGAGCCGACCGAGAUGAGAAUCCUCAACCCCUAUUUCAUCCAGGAGGCUGCCUUCCAGUUCAUCGGCCUGCCUUUCAACAAUGGCGUAAUGGGCAAAGGGAACAUUCCAACUUUGGGAACAGUUGCUAUAACGAUGGCACUGCACAACUGUGACGAAGUCUCGGUGGCUGGUUUUGGCUACGACAUGAACACGCCCCACGCACCUCUGCACUACUACGAGACUGUCAAGAUGUCCGCCAUUAAAGAGUCUUGGACACACAACAUAGCCAAGGAGAAGGAGUUCCUCCGCAAGCUGGUGAAGGCCAACGUCAUCACAGACCUGACCAACGGUAUCUGAGUUUACACCCACCCACAGUCUCCAUCUGCCAUUUCCAAAGGACUAAAAAACAGAAAGCCGGGAAAUGGUUUCACUUGUGGAGAAAAAACCCCUUAGAAUCCAGGUGGCCUGCACACUGCCGGGGUUUUUAUAUCAAAGGAGAUUAUUAAGUAAGAAAAUAAAAAACACAGGAGGGUUUCUGUGGAGAGAUGCACACACAUGUGCCUUCUGAACCAAAGACUCCUGCUGAUUGAAGCGGGGGAUUGGGCAUGGGGAGGACUGGAUCUGCCUGGCUCCUGUCUUAUGAAAAGACAGUCGCAGGAAAGCUCCGCCAGCCCCACGCUUCCACGUUUACCACUUCAGACCCCUGAGUAUCACAUGAAUGAAUAGUAAGAGCCGAGGUGACCCGUUGACCCACAGAAGUCAGGAUUUAACUUGACUUGCUGGUCCACCCAAUGAAGGGACAGAAGACAAAGGGAUGAAAUAGGACUGUAACAGAGUGUGUGGGGAUGGGUUGAGUAUUAGCAGUGCCAAACGUACCUCGUACAGGGGGGAGGUCAUCCGCCUCUCCUUUUGCUGCCUGAAUGUAUUCACUUUCCUCAGUGUAAAUAUCAAAGAUUUUUACUGUGCUUUUUAACAAGCUGCAGCAGCUCCCCGACCCCCACCUGCCAUUGGUCCAUUCAUCCAUGUCAUUCUUUCUCUUUAGUUUCUUUGUAUUUUUUAAUUUUUUUUUGUAUUUACUGUCUGUCCCGGGUCCAAAAUUAUCACUUGCCAAGUCAGAUGACAUCUGUCACCUGCCACACAGACUGGAAUUACUUUGAAAUACUAACAUUGGCAUGCAGUACAGACGCCCACAUGGCUGCUUGCAUCAUGUAGGAAGCCACCAAAUACAUAAAAACGAAACGUUGUUGCAGAUAAAUUAAUUUAACGUGCUGUGAGUUACUAAUCAGAACUCUAAAUCUGCUUAGUUUAAUAAUAACUCUAGCUUUGUAAGGUUUUCUACACUAAAAAAAAAAAUCAAAAGCUGCAUCAGGUAAUCAUAUGUUAAUUAUUCUGAUUGGUCUAAAUUAUUCUUGUAGUAAGACUUCACAGCUCAGGCAGGUGAGCCCCAAAGUAAAAUUCAGGCCCUGCAGCUGUCUCUUAAUGUCACUCAUGUCGUGGUACUGUGUUCAUCACUUCAUCAGCUGUGAGCUUCAGGUUGCAGCAGUAACAAGCUCUGGUCCACGUUAACACAGACUGUGUGUCGGAUCCCUUUUCCAGCCUCCUGUUGCUGCAGAGUUUCUUGUUCUUCAGUAAAUGGUGAAAUCUUGGAUUGUAGAAUAUAAAUAUAUAUAUAUUUUUGUUUGUAGGUUAAUUUUAAUUAUUUAUUUUGUAAGAAAGACCCAACGUUUUGGUCACAGGUGGGCCUGCAUCCUGUUACAAACAGAAGUUUGCAUUUGUGUUUUAGAAUUUAGAGUUCGCCACCAUAUGCUUCCUCAGAGACUGCAUUGUGUUUUCAGUUGGUGCCAGAGGCAGUGUUGUGGCUGAAACCAUUGAUAAAUCAGUUUUAAAUUGGCUUAAUGUGAAAUGUCUGCAGCUCUUUGUUUCUGUGCAGUGUGUGUUAACACGAUGCGUGUGCUCUUCUGUGACAAUGGGCGUAAAAUGGGAAUUAUUUUAAAUUUCUUUAAAUUUAGACAGUGUAUGGGUGAUAAUUGCCAUGUUCAACCUCCAGUUAUUAUUCCAUGUGCUGAUCAGGCCUUUGCACUUUGCAGAUGGAGAUGUGCCACGUGCUUUUCAGUAUUUUGAGAAAAAAAAAUGUUUAUGUUACGCAAUCAGACAUUUUGCAUCUCCUUUUUCUUCCCCCUUCAAGAAAACAGUAUGAGAAUGUCAAAUCUGUUUGUCAUGUUAUCAUAUGAAUGCGAUAAUCAGCUUUAUAUUGUGAUGGUGCAUUUUGAAUACUGCUUUGCCAAAGCAGGGUUUUAUUUUGAUUUUGAUUUUUUUAAAAUGGGGUUUUUACCUAUUUUCUGCUUUUACUUCUUCUUUAGAAGUGCGUAUUUACUGUACAUUUUACACUCACACACACACACACAAGUUUAAUUUUAUUAUUCUCAAUCAGUAAGCUGCUGUUUUUGCGUCUGUUUUAUUUCUCCAUUACAUGCUCAUGUUCUCGAUUAGUUUCCGUAAACGUUUCUGGGUUCUUGCAGCAACAUGUUCCCUCAGAAUUGUUCCACUGAGUUUGAAGGAGUGGAUCACUUUUUGGAAAACUAGCCCCUGUAUGUGGGACUUUUUUGUUGUUUUGUUGGUUUUUUUUUUGAGAGAGAGAGCAAAGGUACAUGGAAGAGCUGACCAUUGCACUAUCAUUAGGCGCUGUCAGUGCCUUACACCUCAUCACCUGGAAACUGUAGCGAGGCGUGUGAAGCUGGAAAGUGACGGCAGCUGAUCCAGGAUGGAGGCUCAGCUCCAGGUCAGGACAGGUCACUCCUCAUUUCUGGGAUUUGGGACCAGCCCAUUUCACAUAUGUGCUGUAUAUAUAUUAUAUACAGUCUAAGGAGACUUGAAGCCUUACACUGGUGGUUUUGCAUGUUUUAACCCAUAAGAUGUAUACCGAUCUUAUACAAACAAGACGGAUUUUCAUAUCAUAUUCAUACAAUCCAAAUCCAGAAGCUGCUUUGAGGGUGAAAUCUUUGUUUCUGUGGGCUAAAAUGCAACAAACUACCAGCUUGAUCUUCAAACUUUUGAGACUAAACAGAUUAUUAGUGGGACUGAGCUCGUCUGUUUUCUCUUUUUUUGUUCUUAGAUUUGAUUUUUUUCUGAAUGCUGGAUGAGUUCAGAUGAAUUGGACCCAAAUUGCCUCUUUUAACCUGUUCAAAACAAAGCAGAAUGUAUUUGCUUUUACCAUUCAUUAUAUUUAUAGAACUUAAUUUUGAACAUUUCAUCAUCAGUGGGAAGUCAAAGUGAUCAAAAGUGUUAAUGUUUCUUUUUUUAUAUACACUUAUAAAUGGCUUUCUGCAACUCAAUAAAGAAGUUUGUAAUUGA